CUCGGUGAAGCUGGACCUCAGUGCGUCUGUGCGUGAUCGUGGGAGCCUCGCAUCAGCUCACUGCCCACUCCAUGCCCCCGCAGAGUCUCCCAAACUCUCGGUCGCAGGAGGAGAGAUGAUGUGGGGGAUGUAAGACACGGGGAUCAGCAGACAGCAGCUGGAUUCUCGGGCUAAAAUCAGCCGCUCUGAUGGAGUGAAGACAGCAGAUACACGGUUCACCAGAAUCUGAGCCGGGAUGUCCCGACAUUGCUGAGGCCGGAGGAGGAGAGGGGUGGGGGAUUCUGGGAUUCUAGAGGUGGAGAGCGAGACAUCAUGGGUGAUGGAGGGGCCUUGCACACGGAGGGCAAUGCCCUUCUGAAAGCAGUGUUCCAGGGCAAGCUCCGCCUCGCUCGCCUGCUCCUGGAAGGCGGAGCCUAUAUCAAUGAAGGGAACGAGCGAGGGGAGACGCCGGUCAUAGCGGCCUGUCUGGCAGGAUACGAUGAUCUACAGACCCGGCAGAGAAUGGUGAAGUACCUGCUUGAGAAGGGAGCAGACCCAAACAUCCCUGACAAAUCGGGUCGGACCGCCCUGAUGCAUGCGUGUGCAGAAAAGGCAGGCAAAGAGGUGGUGUCGCUGCUGUUGGAAAAUGGCGCCGAUCCCAGCUUGAAAGACUAUUCUGGGGCCUCUGCACUCGUACACGCCAUCAAUAAGGGCGACAGGGACACUCUUCAGGUCCUGCUGGAUGCCUGCAAAGCCAAAGGUAAAGAGGUCAUCAUCAUUACCACCGAUACAUCUCCCUCUGGCACUAAAAAGACCAAACAAUACCUGAACUCCCCACCAUCUCCAGGUAUAGUGGACAAGCUUUCCCCUGCUUGCAUGUCUCCAUCUGAGGUAGAGAUCCAUACCUCAGGCUCUGCCCCCGGUGAGGAGGAGGAAGGUAUCUUCAGCUUUGCCGUGACUUCAGCACUCCCUCUACCCUCGAACAGACCACAAGGGGAGAGGAGACCACCACCCCGUAAGCUUCUGAAAAGACUGAACUCUGAGCCAUGGGGUCUGGUGGCUCCUUCAGUACUUGCUGAGAGAGCGGAGCGGAUAGAGGGCGAUUUAGCCGAGGAGGACAAGUUGGUCUCGGAGAUGAAUGGGAUGACAGUUUCUGGUCCUGGCAGACCUCUCCUGUCCCGAAGGCACAGUAUAGAGACCCAUGACCCAUCUUCUCCAAAGCUGAUGGACCGGUCCUGUUCGGAAGACUGUGCAGCACUCUGUGGCUCUUCCUGGGCGGAUAAAGUACAUCAGCACCAGUCACUGUAUCGUCGAAACACGGCCCCUGAGACUCAGGACAGUGUGGCUCAGGCACCAACAGGGAUCCGGGGCUUACCACACCCCAAACUCACCCGCAUGGAACACUACGAGUCGGACACCCACCUGUGCCCUGCCUCCAUCCCGGGAUCUCCGGAUUCUGGACGUGUCUCAGUGGAGCGCCGCAAGUACAACGCCUCUCCCUUGUCACUGCUCACCAGCUCUUCUCGAGAGUCUUUGGAGAGCAUUCCCAACUCGGUGUCUCCUAUGACAAUGCGGCGGCGGCCAACAGGACUGUUGGAACGGCGGGGAUCAGGCACUCUCCUUUUGGACCACAUCUCCCACACAAGACCUGGGUUCCUUCCUCCUCUCAACGUCAACCCUCAGCGACCCAUUCCUGAUAUCCGUGCCAACGGAAAGCCCACUUCUCCCGUUCACUCAGGGAGCAAGAUCCUGCUGCCGGUCGCGCCAUCGUCACCAAAGCGUGGACCAGACUUCAAGAUGAAGAAGAAACUGAUGAGACGACACUCGAUGCAGACGGAGCAGAUGAAGCAGCUUUCGACCUUCCGGGAAAUCCUCACAGAAAAGGUGAUGGAGAUGAAUGGAGAUUGAGAGCUAGAGAGAAGGAGAAUGAGAGAGAGUCAGUGCUGGCCGAGAGUUUUCAUUACUGGGUUCAUCUACAUCAUCUUUGAGGCAAACAUGCUCUGGUCCAGUUCAGCUCCUUUAGAACUUAGUACAUACAUCAAAAAUAUGCAUUGUGGAGACAAAACCAUCUUCAAAUCCAGACAAUGAAAGUGAAAAUGAGUCACGGUUACUCAAGAUCAUAAAAAGGAUCAGUUAUUCCAAAUUUGGAGACCAUUCAAAUGUUAUUUGGGAUUAUUCCUUGAUCAUCAAGAAUGUUUGAAGAUGGACCCAUUGGUGUCAGUGGAAGUGCUGUUGGUGUUUGAAAUUGCUGCAACCUUCAGAUGAAACCUCACAGAUUUUGUAUUCUACAGGUUUCUCUAAGUAUUAGCGCUGUUAUGGCUAUCAGCCUUCUUAAUGUUGUGCACUGUCUGAAAACAAAUAUGCCCAAAUUGUACCUUUAGGGGCACAGCUAGUUGUUGAUGGGUCACUACCCUUAAAAGGACAAAUUUGUACUUUAUCUACCCCUAAAAGGUGCAUAUUUGUACCUUAGAAUAGUUCAUAGGUAUGUACC